AUGAAGGACCCCUCCUACUUUUUCACCGAUGGUUUGAUCGAUGAUGACAUGGAUGACGACGAGUUCGGCGAGGACGAUGAUGAGGAGGACGUUCCAGUUGCUCCUGACUGGAACACCACCCUUCAGCAGAUGGACGACCAGAACUCUGCCGAAGAUGAUCUGAAGCAGGCACGCAAGCCUGGGGGCCUGGGCUUCCAGCAACAGCGCGCCCGAGCGUGGGACUUCUAG